AUGGGAGACUUACCACAUAUGAGUGACAAGAUUGGAAGUUUCAACCUUUCCUCAAUUCAUCCUGCUGAUCCAGCUUACACCCCUCUUCUUUACCGUCUCCGAGAAGAGACUUUCCAGAACCGAACAACACAACUCAGACACGGUUCCUACCUGAGACGCUUCACGCGAGAUGACUCACUAAACAUACCUGCUGCGAUUAAAGAAAAUUCUGGAAUCGACCUUGACCAAUUCAUGCGUCGAUAUGGAUUGACUGGUUGUGUCGUUGUACAGAAUGGUGCCAUACGCCUCGAAGAGUAUCGACAUGGAAACUCCAAAGCCUCAAGGAACGAUGUGCAAUCUAUCACCAAGUCUGUAGUUUCUACAGCAUUGGUCAUCGCCCAGCAAGAGGGAAAACUGUCCAUCAACGAUCCUGUAUCUCGCCAUGUAGAGGAACUCGAGGGAACUGCGUGGGCAGACGUCCCACUUCACGCACUAUCCUGCAUGUCAUCAGGGGUAGUUGAGCAGUCCGAGGACGAGCGACCAGCUGAUGUGCCAAACCCGAUGUAUGCGACCGAGCUUUAUCCCCAGACCGAUCCGGAUGUUGUUCUCAACUGGCUCAAAACGGCAAGAAAAGUGGCCGAGCCAUGGGAAGAGUUCCAUUAUUACAACCCAAACUACUAUGUACUGUCAACAGCUAUAUCUCGUGCUACAAAAGAGCCCCUUGACGAGUAUAUAUCCCGCACAAUAUGGGAACCGGCUGGGAUGCAGUACGACGGUUACAUACGAACCACAGCCGCAGGUCACGUUGACGGCCACGGAGGUCUCUCAGUUACUCUGACAGACAUGGCUCGUUUUGGGUGUUUUAUCCUUGAUGGGAUGAAAGAAGAAGGAAAAGGACCAAACGUGCCACAUGGUUGGUUUAAGGAUGUCUCUGACGCAAAGUUCAGUGUUGGACCUAGAUCCCUUAACCCCAACAACUUUGUGUCUGGCUUUGGCUACGAAAGUGGUUGGUGGACGACUGGAAGAGGAGAUCCAGAUAAGUAUCAGAUGGGAGAUGACGGUGUUUUUGCGGGUAUCGGCAUGUAUGGACAGGCCAUUUACAUUGUACCCGGGCUGGAUGCCGUCAUUGCUGUUCAGUCUGGAUAUCCCGAGCAUGAUUUUGAUCUCUUUACUAAGAAUGCUGAGCUCGCCACGGAAAUUCUGAAAGUUCUCAGGGAGUCAUAG